CCCUCCGGCCGUAUGUGGCACUACAGCCUAGCAUGCUAGCAUGGUAACAUUCCAAAGUGGCGGAGACUCCUGUUGUUCGCCAGACUGUUCCCACUGCAACACAACUCUUUUUAGUCGCGACACAACUCUUGAAGCGGCAACACAACUCUGCUACCAGCUCUGCAUGGCGACCCAGCGACAGGAAUGACGCUAGCAGGUUGGUGAGUCGCCUCAUUCUGAGCUGAGUGAGACAGGAGCCAUUUGCUUCUCUUGGAACAGCACAGACCGAGUCCAGUUAACGGGCUCCUGCUGUGCAGUACUUCUUCCAUGGAUACAGAGUCAACCUACUCGGGUUAUUCCUACCAUUCUGGGCGCUCUCGGGAAUCCCAUCGGCAUGGGGACAUAAGCCGGGAACACCACAAAUCACGAAGCAAAGACGGACGAUUAGAAAAAUCAGUAACAAUCAACCCCGCUCCUGCACAGCCAUUGUUGGGUGAUGUCAUUGGUCGUGGAGAGCAGUCCCAGGAUGACAACUGGGGUGAGACCACCACGGCAGUUACGGGCACGUCAGAGCGUAGUAUUUCUCAGGAGGACAUUGUGCGAAUCACCAAGGACCUGGAGGACAGCGUGGGGUUGGACUGCCGCCGUAAUUUUACGCUCACCCUGGCAGUGAUCUUGGGGAUUCUGGUGUUCCUCACGCCGCUGGCCUUCUUGGUGCUGCCCCACCUGCUCUGGCCAGAGAAGCUGCAGAGCUGUGGCACGGCCUGUGAAGGUCUCUUCAUUUCUGUAGCCUUCAAGCUGCUCAUUCUGCUGCUCGCCGUCUGGGCCCUCUUCUUCCGGCCGCCGCGAGCCGGCCUCCCACGCGUCUUCGUGUUUCGCACGCUGCUUGCUGUCCUGGUGCUGCUCUUUGUGCUCUCGUUUUGGUUGUUUUACGGCGUAAGGAUACUCGACUCUCAGGAUGAGAACUACCAGGGCAUCGUGCAGUACGCCGUGUCGCUGGUGGACGCGCUGCUCUUUAUUCACUACCUGGCCAUCGUACUGCUGGAGCUGAGGCAGCUUCAGCCAUGUUUUUCUGUGUGCAUCACACGCUCCACCGAUGGCGAGACCAGGCACUACAAUCUGGGACAGCUCAGCAUCCAGCGAGCCGCGUUGGCUAUCUUGGAGCACUACUACUGUGAUUUCCCAAUCCAUAACCCAGCUUUACUUUCCGCCUCAAAGUCACGUGCUGCUAGACACCUGACUGGCCUCAAGGUGUACAACGUGGAUGGAGACAUUCCUCCAGCCCCCUCUGAAGGCCAAGACAAUAACUCAGCAGCAGGGCUGGCCCACUCCCAGUCCAGAGCCAUGAUCGCUGCUGCCGCUCGUCGCCGGGACUCUAGCCACAAUGAGCUCUAUUAUGAGGAGGCGGAGCAAGAAAGACGUGUGCGAAAACGUAAAGCCAGGCUGGUCGUGGCAGUAGAAGAGGCCUUCACUCAUAUCAAGCACAUGCAGGAGGAGGAGCAGAAGAAAGCUCCAGGAGACGUGAUGGACACGCGAGAGGCAGCACAAGCCAUCUUCCCGUCCAUGGCAAGGGCCCUUCAGAAGUACUUGAGGACCACCAAGCAGCAACACUGCCACAGCAUGGAUAGCAUCCAACAGCACCUGGCCUUCUGCAUCAACAACAACAUGUCGCCAAAGGCCUUCCUGGAGAGCUACCUCAUGCCGGGACCCACCCUGCAAUACAGUCGGGACCAAUGGAUGGCCCGUCAGUGGACCCUGGUCAGCGAGGCCUCGGUCACCAGCGGCCUGAAGAACGGUUCGGUCUUCCUGCUCAGAUGUGCGGACUUCAGCCUGGUGGUGAGCGUCAAGAAGAUCCCCUUCAUCCAAAUGUCAGAGGAGUUCAUCGACCCAAAGUCUCACAAGUUUGUCCUGCGGUUACAAUCGGAAACCUCAGUCUAGUUUUUGAAAUCACCUUUUUCUGAAAUGUUAUGGAUUUCGACAGCACAGGUUUGUACAUUGAUACUGGAUUUGUUUUAUGUUGACAACAAAAACCUGCGAGUGAGGAGCUGAAAUCAAACAAGUUGACUCUGUUUUAUGGAAAACCUAUUCUGGCAAAUCAAUCAUAAUCCCUACAUACUGCCGGUAUAGCUGCCCAAAGGAAGAGGUUUGAACAAAAAAAAACAAGAUGGACUCCUUAAUAUCUUCAUGCCAUGGACACAAACACUCUGUAUAUACUCCGUAUUUACACAGCAUUUUUAGUGGGGCGUAUAAGUAUUUUACCAUCUGUAGAUUUUGUAAGUUUACAAAUAUAUGAACAAUACAACAUUUCUAUGGUAGCUUCAUGGUAACAAAAGAGAUAAACAUUCAUUUAUUUGUUUAAUUUAUUUAUCGCUCCUCUUAACGAGCAGCAGGUCCUGCUGUGGGCUCCUCCAAUUAAAACAAAUUUCAUAAAGAAGCCACAGAAGAAAUUUGACAUUUUCUUUCUAAACUAUUUUGUUUUACCAGGCAUGUGAUUUUUCCGUCUAAAGUCGGAAUUCCGUCUUUUUUAGACUCCGGGGGGAAAAAAAGCCUCGACCAAUCAACUACGGUGUAAUAUAAUAUUACGCCUAUGUGUUCCUUUUGACCAAUCAGGACAUCUGUUAUGAAUGAAAUGAAUUAUAUUUAUAUAGCGCUUUUCUCUAGUGACUCAAAGUGCUUUACAUAGUGAAACCCAAUAUCUAAGUUACAUUUAAACCAGUGUGGGUGGCACUGGGAGCAGGUGGGUAAAGUGCCUUGCCCAAGAACACAACGGCAGUGACUAGGGUGGCGGAAGCGGGAAUCGAACCUGCAACCCUCUAUAAACCGACCUAUGCCGCCCCAUAAUGAAGACGUUAUUACCGCCAUUUUCCAAAUGUAAAUGAUGUCGGUUCUCGAGAGAAAGGACGCUUCACGAGUAAAAGAAAUUGAUAAACAUGUCAAAAAUAAGUUUCGAUGGAACUGGAUGGAAAGGGAAAUCACUGAUACUGUUGGGAAAAAGGAAGUUACGACUUUGUUCGACGAUUUUAUUCGGAAAAUCGAUCGCCCCGGAAAAGUUUUGUGCACGUGGUGUCAUGAUAAUAUUGACUAUGGAUCACGAGGUUUCAAGGCUUCGGAAGUACAUGCAAAACGCCAAAAACAUAUGAAACAACUUGAAGGAAGGAAAACGAACUUUUCACUAGCUGGUACUUUUGGAUGUCAACCGAAAGUGAGCAAACCUUACGGACUUCAUCCUUUGUUUACAUCGACAGCUGCAGUAGACAUCGAGAGGAAAGAUCCACCCAAGCAAACCACUUCAGUUGCAGACAGGGUAGUUACUUUAAUAAUGAGGUAAGCUAAAAAAUAUUUUCUUGCGAAAUACGCAUGUUUGUUUUAAAUAUUAACUAAUUAUUGCUUUGCGAAAUAAAAAUGUGACACCUGUGGAUGUGAAAUGAACACAAGAUGUAAAUAUUAGUGACUAAAUACUGUUGGGACUGAAACCAUAUACAGUGAUUCAUUAGGAUAAUUGGGGUAUGGAUGUUCUAUUAAUGGUGUUUUCAUGUCUUUCCAUGCAUCUUCCGCUUAUCCGAGGUCGGGUCGCGGGGGCAACAGCCUAAGCAGGGAAACCCAGACUUCCCUCUCCCCAGCCACUUCGUGUAGCUCUUCCCGGGGGAUCCCGAGGCGUUCCCAGGCCAGCCGGGAGACAUAGUCUUCCCAACGUGUCCUGGGUCUUCCCCGUGGCCUCCUACCGGUUGGACGUGCCCUAAACACCUCCCUAGGGAGGCGUUCGGGUGCAUUGUGAGCUGGGCGACAGCUGAAGGCAGGGCACUUGGCGGUCCGAUCCUCGGCUACAGAAGCUAGCUCCUGGAGCCCUGCCUUCGGCUGUCGCCCAGCUCACAAUGCACCCGACCUCUAUGGCCCCUGCUAUGGGUGGUGAGCCCAUUGGAGGGGUGACCCACGUUGCCUCUUCGGGCUGUGCCCGGCCGGGCCCCAUGGGAACAGGCCCGGCCACCAGGCGCUCGCCAUCGUGCCCCACCUCCGGGCCUGGCUCCAGAUGGGGGCCCCGGUGACCCGCGUCCGGGCGAGGGAAAUCUGGGUCCAUGGUUUUUCAUCUUCAUAAAGGUCUUCGAGCUGCUCUUUGUCUGAUCCCUCACCUAGAACCUGUUUGCCUUGGGAGACCCUACCAGGGGGCUUUAUGCCCCCGGACAACAUAGCUCCUAGGAUCAUUGGGACACGCAAACUCCUCUACCACGAUAAGGUUGCAGCUCAGAGAGGAGGUUUUCAUGUCUUUAAACACUAAAAUGCUGUCUUUGUUAAUUUUAGCAUGUUGGUGAAAAACCAGGAGCUUUUGAAGGGCGUUGCCCCUCUUGUCCCCCCACCAGGGCACUUUCGUCCCCCAGACCCCCGGAAAUGUUUUCAGUCUUUUUCAUUGUGGUCAAAUCACAUGCCUGUUUUACGUAUGUUUUAUGCCAAAUAUGCGGGAGGAUGUGACCUCUUGCUACAAUUGCAUCUUCAAAGAACACAAGAUAGUUGAAGGUUGUAUUUGAAACAAUACUUGGAGGUGUGUCAUCAAACUAGGAGAAAGCUUCCAAACUGGACCUUCUUGUUCUCCUUGACUAAAGUAUUCAUUACUUUAAAUUAUUUGGCAUAUGUUUUCAGUCAAUAUAUUGUUAUACUUUGAUAAAAGUCCCAGGGGAAGCCUGAAGUUUACUUACAAACUCAUCAUGAGAAUGCGAUUUUUGUGCAAAUUAGAGAAAAACCUAAAUAAAUUCUAACUUGUGCAUGCCA